CUUCGUAUUUCUGGAGAAAUAGAAGCCUAGCUAGCGAGGUUGGCCAGGCUGAUAGUAUUAUUACAACAAUGGCUGAUGAGUAUUCUGAUCAAGAGGUCUGUAACUUGGAAAAUGGUGAGGCUAAUAAGGGCUCCGGAAAGGAGAUUUGGAAUGUAAAGACACCUCAAACUAUGUCAUCUUCCAUGUUAAGGAAGAAAUCCGAUCCGAUGCUUGUGUCAAAUGUUAGGUUCAAUAUACUUAGACAAUUCCUGGCCAAUUUGCAAGAGGUUAUUCUUGGUACUAAGCUUGCUGUGCUCUUCCCUGCAAUUCCUCUAGCUGUAGUUGCAGACUUUUAUAAGUUUGGAAGACCUUGGAUAUUUGCUUUGAGUUUACUUGGACUUACCCCACUGGCUGAGCGUGUCAGCUUCCUCACUGAACAAAUUGCAUACUUCACUGGCCCAACAGUUGGGGGGCUUCUUAAUGCAACAUGUGGUAAUGCAACAGAGCUGAUAAUAGCAUUGUUAGCUCUUUACCAGAACAAAAUAAAUGUUCUUAAAUAUUCCCUCUUGGGUUCCAUCCUCUCAAAUCUCCUUCUUGUUCUUGGAACCUCUCUUCUCUGUGGAGGCUUGGCUAACCUGAAAAAGGAGCAAAGAUACGAUCGAAAGCAGGCUGAUGUGAAUUCGCUGCUUCUGUUGCUGGGGUUGCUGUGUCACAUGUUGCCAUUGAUGUUCAGAUAUUCUGCACCACCAGGGACUUUCACCGCUAACUCAACCCUUCAGUUAUCAAGAGCAAGCAGCAUUGUUAUGCUUGUGGCAUAUAUUUCAUAUAUCGUCUUCCAGCUCAAAACUCACAGGCAGCUGUUCGAAUCUCAAGAGGAAGAUGAAGAAGAAGAAGAAGAAGAAAAGGCAGUGAUUGGAUUUUGGAGUGCAUUCAGUUGGUUGGUUGGUAUGACAGCCAUAAUUGCUGUGCUAUCAGAGUAUGUUGUGGGCACAAUUGAGGCUGCUUCGGAUUCUUGGGGCAUUUCUAUUAGUUUUAUCAGCAUAAUAUUGCUACCAAUCGUGGGCAAUGCUGCUGAACAUGCAGGAUCAAUCAUAUUUGCUUUCAAAAACAAGCUGGACAUCUCUUUGGGUGUUGCUCUAGGAUCUGCUUCUCAAAUUUCUAUGUUUGUGGUUCCUUUAUGUGUGAUCACUGCCUGGAUAAUGGGAGUCUCCAUGGAUCUUGAUUUCAGUCUCCUUGAAACUGGUUCUCUGGCCUUCACAAUUAUCAUUACAGCCUUCACUUUACAGGAUGGAACUUCCCAUUACAUGAAAGGAGUGAUUCUCUUCCUCUGCUACAUUGCCAUUGCUGCCUGCUUUUUCGUUCACAAAAUUCCACAAAGUGAAAGCACUAACAAUUUGGGAGCUAAACCGUCCAUCAGAUUCAUGGCAGCUUAGGGUUUAUACCCCAAAUCAGAGGAUAUUGCAUUGGUUAAUUUAUCACACCAUGUUCAUGUGAUAAAAGUUUUCGGUUCGGUUUUCGUUUUCGUUUCGAAAAUUAAUUGGAGUAUCCUAUGGCACAGUGAGAGGGACUUGGUAGGUUUUGAAGUUCUUUCAAAAAAACUUUAUUUGGAGAAGAAAUGAGUAAAGUGUUUGUAUAUAAAUCUUUCUCUAAUGCCUUAAAUUUGUAAUAAUGUAUUUGCUUCUAAUUUCCUCAAAGUUGUGGCAAAAAGGUGCAUCCGAAUUUUCUCUCUGUGGGUUUUGUUGUGUAUGUAUCUUAAUUAGUUCAAGUUCUUCUUAUUCCAAUGCUGCUGAAGCCGAUAUAAAUGCCAAUUCUGGGCCAUGUAAUAAUCAUUCAAUAAAAAAAAAAAACUCUGCUUAUGGGAGGUUGUCAAAUCCUGUAAUAAAAAUCCUGAAAUUUCGU